AUGGCGCGGGACGGCGCGCAAGCCCCGGGCGUCGCGUCGUACUCGGUGACGUUCAGCGACGCGCGCGUCGUGGCCCGCUCCGAGCGCGUCCGGGCAUCGAACGGGAACGCGCCCGCCUCCUCGGCGCGAACCCCGUCGCGAGGGAUCGCCGUCGCGACAACCUCCAACGGCGUUGCGCUCGCGGCGUACGUCGUCGGCGGCGACGUCGAGGUGACCCGCAUCCGUCCCGCCGACGGCGUCCCGUCCGAUCCGACGAGACUCAGGCUAUCCAGCGCCUUCGACGACGACGACGACGACGGCGCUCCCGAUUUCUCGGGAGCGCACGUCUGCUGGUGCGCGCACGGCAUCGACGAGCGCGACGUCGCCGUUCUUGUCGCGACGUGCGCCGCGGGCAACAUACACGUCGUCGACAUCAUCGCCCUGGACGACGGCUCCAUCGCCAUCGCGGGGCUGACCCGUCUCGAGAUGCCCCACGCCUCGCUCGCCGUGUGCCCCGCCGCGUACCCUCUGCUCGCCGUGUCCACCCGCGACUCCGUCGAGGUCCUCGACCUGCGACUCCGAAGGAGGGGCGACGACGCGAUGCGACGCGAGCCUUUCGCCACGGUGCGUCACGAGCGCGGCGACGACGGCGCGGUUGAAGGCGGCGCAGCCGGCGGCGGCCGACGCCGGGAGCUCGCGUGGCUCACGAUGCGCCCUUCGUCGGACGAGUACGUCGGCCCGAUGUACGCAGUGGCGUCCGCGUCCGUCGUCGGUGGCGGCGGUUCGCGUCGCGACCGUGACGGUUCACGUCGCGACGGGGACGGGGACGGGGACGGGGACGUCCUCCGCGUGGACGUGUACGCGUGGCACGAGGAGACCGUGCGCAAGACGACGGGACCGGAGACGGGACCUCGGUUCCUCGACGCGCAUAAACGAAUCGCGGUGCCGCUCGGGUCUCGCGGCGAGCUGAGGGCGAUGGCGUCGAGCGGCGACGACGUGUUGUACUUCACGACGGACGCGAGGACGACGAUGCCGACGCUCGGCGGCGCGUCGUCCGUCGUCAACGCCGCCUUUGCCGAAUCCGCGCGGACGUCCUUCGGCCCGGCGGAUAUAUCCGUGAGCGCAUCCGGCGACGAUCGAGCCCGCGGGGAUGAGGACGGCGAGAUGCCGCACAUACGCGCGCCCGUCGCUUCCAACCCGAACGACGACGACGACGCCUCCGGCCUUCCCGGCGCGUUCCCGAAAUCGCUCGUGUUUCCGCAGCUGCACCGGUACGGGUCCGGGCUUGAGAUGCCCCCGUUUCCUUCGUCGUCGUCGAGCUCGUCCCGGCCACCCGCCGCCGCCGCCGCGUUCGCCGUCGAGUUCAACCCCGGGCGACGCGGGGACGUUUCGAAAAACGGUUUCGUCGUCCGCGUCGUCGACCUUCCCCGCGGCCUAGGUCGCCCCGACGUGCUCGUCCCCGGGCGGCGUGAGGUGCUCGUCGGGAGUACCGUCGGCGCGCCGCGAUUGGUCGCCAUCGACGCCUCCUCUUUCGACGAGUCUACAAACGUCGACCUCAUCGUCGACGACUCCGACUCCGGACUGGGCGGCGGGAACGGGAAGGGUCCGUCCGGGGGAUCGGUCCGGGGGAUCGACCCGGGGGUGAGGCUUCGCGGGGCGUGUCGCGCGUGGCGGGGCGCGGGGUGGGAAGGCGGGCUGGCGCUGACGACGACGGCGGCGGCGGGGCGUUCUUUCGGUUCGUUUUUCUUUGGUUCCGUCGACGCCGCGGACGCGGACGCCGCCGUGUCGGUGUUUCGCGUCGAGACGACGACGUCCAACCCGCGGCGACCGUCGCGAGAGGCGACCGACGACGUCCAGGCGACGCCGGGGGUGGACCUUCUCGAAUCUCUCUCUUCGCGGUUCGAAGAUGUGAAGAUUGACGUAGAGCAAAGUCGAGGUGUGAAGAUUGACGAGCAAAGUCGACGAGGCGAGAGUCGGGGGACGCCGACCCCGGCGUCGGCGUCGUCCGGGGAGUCCCCCGCGCGCGCGCCGCCUCGGCCGUACCCCGCGUUCGAGCCGGAAAAGGCGCGAGGCGACGCUUCGGAACGGGAAGGGGAUCGAGUGGUCACGCGGGCCGACGCUAUAAAAUCCGUCGCCGCGGCGAGGUCGGCGCUGGUCGACCCGGGAAAGGACGGCGUGAGCGCAUCGCUCGCCGCGCUGAUGACGGGGCUGAACGCGCUGGGCAGGAGCGUGGAGAUGCGCAUGGACAGGGUCGAGGCGGCGCUGCAGGCGCAGGAGCGUCGAUUACGUCGGAUCGAAGCGGCGGUGACGGAUACAUCCGACCGCGGUAAAGCGUAA